AUGGAAAAUUUGCCAAUCUUCCGCAGUGAUUAUGAUAAGACAGAAUUUGAAGCUUGCAUUGAUGUGGAUCUAUCACAGGUGGAUCACAUGUUCAGAAUUCACAUUAUUGAGCAGGAACUGAAUGAGUUGAGUGGGAUGGUCUACAACACGCCCACUAUGUCAUCACUUUCAGUGUACUCAUGUAAUGUGUGUGAGAAAGUGUUCAAGUCCCUGUCCCACAUACGUCUGCACUGUGUCACGCACACAGAUCUGAAGCCAUUCAAGUGUAACAAGUGCACAUAUUCAACAAAUUCCAAAGGUAACUUGUACACACACAUGAGGAAACACACGGGCCAGUACUACCGCUGUGACCAGUGUGACUUCAAGACUGUCAACAAGAGCCAUCUGGUGGAGCACCACAUGACCCAUGACAGCCGCAGGUCGCAGUGUCUGCUGUGCCAGAAGGACUACUCCACCCUCAAGUCCCUCAUCAACCACAUCCGCAAGUAUCACACAGACAAGAAAGGCAAAGAUUACUUGCAAACAUUUUUACAGGGUCGAGGUGCCAAAGGAACCACUGUCAUUCAUCAGUGCCAUGUGUGCAAUCGAAAAUUCAAGAAGAGAAUUGACAGGGACAGACAUUUGUUCAUACAUGAUAUUAAAGACCUCCCACAUGUUCAGCAGUGUGAACUGUGCGACUAUUGGGCAAGUCGUCGUGUGUACCUUGACAAACAUUACCUCAAGCAUCGAGUCAUCUACUGCUGUGCUGUUUGCAAUGAAAAG